UCCCUCGGGUGGGUUAGAGUGGAGUGGGGCUGGCUGAGGGGCGCGCGAGAGGAGCUCACCCGCCCCUUCGUGCCCGAUGGCAGCCCGGGCGGCAACCCAGGAGGAGGAGAGAGAUUUGCAGGAAGCCUCUACUCUUUGCCUGAUCCCGAGAGCCAACCUGGAGGCGGCAGGCUCUGUGGAGCUGGAGGAAGAGGAGGAAGGAGAGGAGGACGAGGAGGCGGCAGCGGCCAGGAGAGCUCGGAGUUUCGCCCGAGACGCGCGGGUGCGCUUCCUGGGCAGCCGCCUAGAACGACUGCUGGGCUUUGCGGAGCAGCAAUGGAGUCGGUACUUGGAGAGCGAGGACCACAGGCAGCUCCUGGCGGAGUUUCUGGAGAGUGGCGGCCCCGCCCACCUGCUGUUCUGCGCCGACGCAGCCGACGGCACUGGGCUCGUGGCCUCGCGGGAGAUCCCUGGAGACAGAAAAUAUAAACUUAUUUAUGUGGCCAGAAGAAGGACUGAAAACCUUGCAGGAAACGAUUUGGCUCAAACAUUUUUAUUCGGAGAGUUACCCGUGGCACCUGUUGGACACACAACUGCUUUCAUCGAUGAGAUUGUAGCACCGAUUCUUUCUAAUAAGAACAACCGGAAAUCUUGGUCCUGUUUCACUUCACAAGACAUGGAUCGUCACCUAGAAGUCAUGAAAAAUAAGAUGUAUGUGUUGAAGGGACAGAUGUCGGGAAGGACUCUGCUGCCCAUUCCCACUGUCGCAGGAGGGAUGGAUCUGGAUCAGAAUUCCUCGGAGAACAAGCUCCACGCAAAUGAAAGAAUAAUCCUCCAUGCCAUUGAAUCUGUUGUUAUUAAAUGGUCACAUCAAAUCCAAGAAAUUGUAGAAAAAAAUUCGGCCCAGCCUCUGCUGAGUGGUGUCCACCUGGUUCCUCAGAAUGAACUAGACUUCUGGACGACGAGGAGGGAGAAUCUGUCAUGCAUUUAUGAUCAGUUGAGAGCUCCAGUUGUGCUCAAAAUGUACAAGAUCUUGGAAACGACACAAAGCAGCUAUUUUCCCACCCUGAGGGACAUUUUCAUGGCUGUGGAGCAUGCUCUCCUCGAAGCCCAAGAUGUGGAGAUCUACCUGAAGCCUCUUAGGAGACACAUUGAGCACCUGCAGGAGGCGGGGUUCCCCCAGAGCCGUCGAUGCAUCCCCCCGUUAUUUCACACUAUCUGUCUGAUCUGGAAUCACUCUAAAUUCUAUAACACCCCAGCCCGGGUGAUAGUGCUAUUGCGCGAGUUCUGCAAUCUGUUCAUUGAUCAGGCAACAGCUUACCUUUCCCCGGAGGAUCUUCUGAGGGGAGAAGUUGAAGAUGCGUUGGAGAAGGUGCAGGUGGCUAUUCGCGUCUUCAAGACUUUCAAGAAUUCUUUUCUCAGCUGCCGAGAAGGCCUGGCCAGCCGUGUCCCUGGAAAUGGCGAGUUGAGGCCGUGGGACUUCCAGUCUCAUCUGGUGUUCUGUAGGUUUGACAACUUCCUGGACCGGUUAAUCAAAGUAGAGGAUGUAUUUGUAACUGUGUUGGAGUUUGAAAAGUUGGAAAGAUUGGAAUUUGGUGGCUCCAAAGGGACAGUUCUAAAUGGGCAAAUCCACAGGAUGAGUGAAGAAUUCACAGAACUCUGUAACGUCUUCAAGCAGAGCGCUUAUGACCCAUGUAAUUGGGAGGAUAUGGAGUUUGAAAGUGAUUAUGUUACCUUUAAGUCCAAGAUUUUGGAUUUCAACCGAAGGCUUGGGACAAUUCUGUGUGAGGCUUUCUCUAACUGCAGUGGUUUAGAAGCUGCAUUUAAGCUUUUGACCAUAUUUGGGAAUUUUCUAGAGAAGCCAGUUGUCAUGGAGAUUUUCCGCCCACAUUAUAGCACGCUUGUGCACUUGUUAAGUACGGAGUUGGAUGUAUGUAAGCAAUUAUAUAAUGAACGCCUGCAACAGAUUGAACAGGGAUGUGUAGUGCUUAACAAGAAUAUGCCAUUUACCUCCGGAAAUAUCAAAUGGGCCAGGGAGGUCCUUGAACGAGUUCAGAUGUUCUGGUCCAGCUUUGCUUCUCUGCAGUAUCUAUUCCUGGACAAGAAUGGUCACACCCAGGUGUAUCAGAAGUAUGCUGAAAUGACUGCCUUGCUAGGACAAUUUGAGAAUGACAUAUACCAGGAGUGGCAGAGCAGUGUGGAUGCCGUGUGUGAAUUCAAUUUGAACCAACCCUUGCUCAAAUUCAGUGCCGUCAAUGGCCUUCUCAGUGUCAACUUUGACCCGAAGCUAGUGGCUGUGUUGAGAGACGUGAAAUACCUUUUGAUGUUGAAGAAACUGGACAUUCCAGAGGCAGCCUUAGCCAUCUUCCAAAGCAGGAAUACAAUUUUAAAGUACAUUGGAAAUCUUGAGCUGCUCACACGAGGCUAUAAUAAGCUGAAGCAGACACUUCUGGAAGUUGAAUACCCUCUGAUUGAAGAGGAGCUGGGAGCCAUUGAGGAGCAGCUGAAGGCAGCCACGACGUCCCUGACAUGGCAGGAUGACUGCUGGGCGUACAUUGAGAGUGUGAAAAUGACCACCUUGGAGCUGGAGCGCAGGGUGCAGUGCACGCAGGACAACGUGAGAGCCAUCCAGCAGAUGAUGAGGGCGUGGGCUGAGGCCCCGCUGCUUCCCCGGAGAGAGCCCAGAAGAGAGACUGCCUUUGUCUUCGAGGACAAGAGUGAUGUGUUCGCCAGAAAAUACAAGUUGAUCCAAGAAGACGGCUUCAGGAUUCACAGCUUGAUGGAGGAAAACAAGCAGCUCUUCAGAGCCGAUCCUUCCCUGGACACCUGGAAAAUUUAUGUGGAGUUCAUCGAUGACCUCGUGGUGGAGGGCUUUUAUCAGGCCAUCAUGCGUGACCUGGACUUCUUCCUGAUGAACACAGAGGAGCAGUUGAAGACAGCGCCUUUCUUCCAAGCACAAAUGCUCCUCAUUCCCCCAGAGAUUGUGUUUAAGCCUUCUUUAGAGAGAGAGGCUGCGGAUGGCUUCUAUGACUUGGUGGAGGAAAUGCUGUGUGGGAGUUUUCGAAUGUCCGCUCAGAUGCAGCGAGUAGCAACACACCUGGGCAUAGCAAAUUAUCAGAGCGAUAUGGACAGUAUGUUAGGCCUGACUGAGGCCAGGCAAGAGAUCUUGAACAGAGUGGCACAAGUCACGAGCAAAGUCCUGGAGUACCGCAACAGCUUGGAGAUCUACGCCUACCUCUGGGUGGAUGACAGAGCUGAGUUCAUGAAGCAUUUUCUCUUGUAUGGCCACACACUGUCACCCGAGGAAAUGGAUGCUCAUGCAAAUGAAGAAAUCCCUGAACAGCCUCCCACACUUGAACAGUUCAAAGAACAGAUCGACAUCUAUGAGAGCUUGCAUGCUCAGAUGAGCAAGUUCGAUGACUUCAGGGUGUUCAACAGUUGGUUCAAGGUGGACAUGAAGCCUUUCAAAGUCAGCUUGCUGAGCGUGAUCAAGAAAUGGAGCUGGAUGUUCCAGGAGCAUCUUCUGAGAUUUGUUGUUGACAGUCUGAAUGAACUGCAAGCAUUUAUAAAGGAGACAGAUGCAGGACUUCAGCGAGAAUUAAGCGAAGGCGAUCAUGAUGGUCUGGUUGACAUCCUGGGGCACCUUCUGGCUGUCAGAAGCCGCCAGAGAGCUACUGAUGAGCUCUUUGAGCCCCUGAAAGAAACCAUCGCACUCCUGGAAAGCUACGGCCAGAGGAUGCCAGAGCAGGUCUAUAUUCAGCUGGAGGAAUUGCCUGAAAGAUGGGAAAUUACCAAAAAGAUUGCAGCAAGUGUCAGACAUGAAGUUUCACCUCUGCAGAACGCAGAAGUCACGCUCAUCAGGAAAAAAUGUGCCCUGUUUGAUGGGAAGCAGGCAGAGUUCCGAGAGAGAUUCAAGUUUCUGGCCCCUCUGCGAUUUAAUCUGGAAAAUCCGUACGCAGUGCUGGAUAAGGCACAUGGAGAGCUGGAGGCUUUAGAAGAAGAAAUGCUGCACAUGCAGGAAUCCGCCCAUCUCUUCGAGGUGGCUCUCCCCGAGGGCAAGCAGCUGAAGCAGUGUCGCAGGGAGAUGAAGCUGCUCAAGGGACUAUGGGACGUCAUCAUUUAUGUGACAAGAAGCAUCGAUAAUUGGACUCAAACCCAGUGGAGACAGAUUAACGUGGAACAGAUGGAGAUAGAGCUCAGAAGGUUUGCCAAGGAAAUCUGGUCACUGGACAAGGAAGUCCAUGUCUGGGAGGCUUACCGGGGCCUGGAGAGUACAGUGAAGGACACGAUGACCUCGCUGAGAGCUGUCACAGAGUUGCAGAGCCCUGCCCUCAGGGCCCGGCACUGGCAGCAGCUGAUGGAUGCUGUGGGGAUCACAUUUACAAUCAGUGAAGGGACGACUUUGGCGGAUCUGUUGGCCUUGCAGCUGCAUCGAGUAGAAGACGAUGUCCAAAAGAUAGUGGACAAAGCAGUGAAAGAACUGGGCACUGAGAAGGUUAUUAAUGAAAUCAGCCAGACAUGGGCGACCAUGGAAUUUUCUUACGAAGUUCAUUACCGAACAGGCGUCCCACUGCUGAAGUCUGAUGAACAACUGUAUGAAACUCUAGAGCAUAACCAAGUUCAGUUGCAAGCACUUCUCCAGAGCAAGUGUGUGGAAUAUUUCACGGAGCAAGUCUUAAGCUGGCAGAAUAAGUUGAACGUAGCGGACUCAGUCAUGUGCGUGUGGAUGGAAGUCCAGAGAAGUUGGUCUCACCUGGAAAGCAUUUUUGUGCUUUCAGAAGACAUUCGAACCCAGCUUGUGGCAGAUGCCGGGAGAUUCGACGGAGCAGAUGCUGAAUUUAAGGAGUUAAUGUUCAAGACAGCCAACAUAAAAAACGUUUUGGAAGCCACCUGCAGACCUAACCUCUACGAAAAACUCAAAGAUUUACAGUAUAGGCUGGCUCUCUGUGAAAAAGCUCUGGCUGAAUACCUGGAAACCAAGCGUGUCGCUUUUCCUCGCUUCUACUUCAUCUCUUCGGCUGAUUUACUUGACAUCCUCUCCAAGGGAGCUCAGCCCAAACAGGUCACCCAGCACCUUGCCAAGCUCUUCGACAGCAUUGCAAAUCUGCACUUUGAGGACAAUGAGGAUGUUUUUGCACACAGAGCAGUCGGCAUGUACAGCAAGGAGAAGGAAUAUGUUCCCUUCCAUCAUGCAUGUGCAUGUGUGGGCCAUGUGGAGACCUGGCUGCUGCAACUUGAGCAGACCAUGAAAGCCACUGUGCGUCACUGCAUCAUGGCAGCCAUUGCGGCCUACGAGGAGAAGCCCAGGGAGCUGUGGCUGCUUGAUUUCCCUGCACAGGUGGCAUUGACCACCUCGCAGAUCUGGUGGACUACCGAUGUCGGAAUAGCCUUCAGUAGACUGGAAGAAGGCUAUGAAACUGCCCUGAAGGAUUUCCAUAAGAAACAGGUUUCUCAGUUGAAUACCCUGAUUGCCCUCCUGCUGGGGGAACUGGCGCCGGGAGACAGACAGAAGAUCAUGACCAUCUGCACCAUAGACGUGCACGCCAGGGACGUGGUGGCCAAGCUUGUUUCUCAGAAGGUGGUCAGCCCCCAAGCUUUCCUGUGGCUCUCUCAACUCCGUCAUCGUUGGGACGACACCCAAAAACACUGCUUUGUGAAUAUCUGCGACGCCCAGUUCCAGUACUUCUAUGAAUACCUGGGGAACAGUCCUCGGCUGGUGGUCACUCCUCUGACGGACAGGUGUUACAUCACUUUAACUCAGUCGCUUCAUCUAAGCAUGAGCGGAGCUCCUGCUGGGCCAGCUGGCACCGGAAAAACAGAAACCACCAAAGAUCUUGGCCGUGCCCUAGGCAUGAUGGUGUAUGUGUUCAACUGCUCAGAGCAAAUGGACUACAAGUCCAUAGGGAAUAUCUAUAAGGGCCUGGUGCAGACGGGAGCCUGGGGCUGUUUUGAUGAGUUCAAUCGCAUCGCUGUGGAAGUUCUGUCCGUGGUGGCCGUGCAGGUGAAAAUGAUUCAGGAUGCCAUUAGACACAGGAAGGAGAGAUUUGUGUUUCUUGGGGAAGCGAUCACACUGAAGCCAUCCGUUGGAAUAUUUAUUACUAUGAACCCAGGAUAUGCUGGUCGAACUGAGUUACCAGAAAAUCUCAAAGCUCUUUUCAGACCCUGUGCUAUGGUGGCCCCUGACAUUGAGCUAAUCUGUGAAAUCAUGCUACUUGCUGAAGGAUUCGUGGAGGCACGCUCAUUAGCCCGAAAGUUCAUAGCAUUGUACACACUCUGCAAGGAGCUCCUCUCCCAGCAGGACCAUUAUGACUGGGGCCUUCGUGCUAUUAAGUCUGUCUUGGUAGUCGCCGGCUCUCUGAAACGCGAGGAUCAAAACAGGCCUGAGGAUCAGGUACUCAUGCGAGCAUUAAGGGACUUCAACAUGCCUAAGAUAGUGACAGAUGACAUCCCAGUGUUCCUGGGCCUGGUCAGUGACCUGUUUCCAGCCCUUGAUGUUCCCAGGAGGAGAAAACCGCACCUGGAACAGAGGGUCAGGCAGGCUACCCUGGAGCUCCGCCUGCAGCCCGAGGAGAGCUUCAUCCUCAAAGUUCUCCAACUUGAGGAACUGUUGACCGUGCGGCACUCCGUCUUUGUGGUUGGAAACGCAGGCACAGGGAAGAGCAAGAUCUUGAGAACACUGAACCGCACAUAUGUGAACUUGAACCAGAAACCCGUGUGGAACGACUUGAACCCUAAAGCUGUGACAACUGAUGAACUCUUUGGUUUCAUCCAUCCGGCUACCAGAGAAUGGAAAGAUGGUCUCUUCUCCUCCAUUCUGCGAGAACAAGCAAACAUGAUGCAUGAUGGGCCUAAAUGGAUUGUCUUGGAUGGAGAUAUCGACCCUCUGUGGAUUGAGUCUCUAAAUACUGUCAUGGAUGAUAACAAGGUGCUGACCCUGACCAGCAACGAGCGGGUGGCCCUCACACCUUCCAUGAGACUUGUGUUUGAGAUCCAUCACCUCAGGAUGGCCACCCCUGCGACCGUCUCCAGAGCUGGGAUCCUGUAUGUGAACCCGCAGGAUCUGGGGUGGGGCCCGUUCGUGGCCAGUUGGAUUGACCAAAGGCGACAUCGCUCUGAGAAGGCCAAUUUGACUAUUCUUUUUGAUAAGUACGUCCCCAUGUGCUUGGAAAAGCUGAGAACAAGCUUUAAAACCAUCACCCCCAUUCCGGAGAAUAGCCUGGUACAGACCAUAUGUGCUCUUUUGGAGUGUUUGUUGACGUCCGAAAACGUGCCUCCCGACAGCCCGAAAGAAGUGUAUGAGGUCUACUUUGUCUUUGCUUGUAUUUGGGCAUUCGGGGGUGCCCUACCUAAAGAUCAGCUUUCUGAUCACCAAGGUGACUUCAGUCGAUGGUGGCAUAAAGAAAUGAAAGCUGUGAAGUUUCCAUCGCAAGGAACAAUCUUCGACUAUUAUCUGGACCACAAAACUAAGAAAUUCUUGCCAUGGGCUGACAAGAUCCCACAGUUUACCAUGGAUCCAGAGCUACCCCUUCAGAGAGUUCUUGUGCACAUACCAGAGACGACGCGGGUUAGGUAUUUUGUUGAACUGCUGCUGGAGAAAGGGAAGCCGCUCAUGCUGGUCGGCGGUGCGGGAGCCGGGAAGACGGUCUUUGUAGGUGACACUCUGGCGAGCCUCUCCGAGGAGUACCUCAUAGCCCGCGUGCCUCUCAACUACUACACGACAUCCGCAGCACUGCAGAGAAUUCUUGAGAAACCCCUGGAGAAAAAAGCUGGCCGGACUUAUGGUCCAGGAGGAAAUAAGAAACUGGUUUAUUUUAUCGACGACCUGAACAUGCCUGCAGUGGACGCCUACGGCACGGUGCAGCCUCACGCUCUGAUGCAGCAGCACCUCGACCACGGGCACUGGUAUGACAGGCAGAAGGUGUUGCUGAAGCAAAUCCGCGGCUGCCAGUACGUGGCAUGCAUGAACCCCCUCGUGGGAAGCUUCACACUCCAUCCCAGGCUGCAGAGACAUUUUAUAGUGUUUGCGUUUAACUUCCCAUCCGCGGAGGGGCUCAACACCAUCUACAGCCAGAUCCUGAGUUUCCACUUCCAGCAUCAAGCAUUUGAUCCUUCCGUCCUCAGGAUCGGCCCCUCUCUCAUCCAGGCCACAGUAGCCUUCCAUCAGAUGAUGACACAGAACUUUCUACCUACAGCUGUUAAAUUCCACUACAUCUUUAACCUGAGAGAUCUCUCGAACGUCUUCCAGGGGAUUUUGUUUGCUUCUCCGGAGUGCCUAAAGGGUCCAGAGGAUUUAAUACACCUGUGGCUUCAUGAAGCUUCCCGUGUUUAUGGGGACAAACUGGUAGACACAAAGGAUUGCGAUUCGUUUCACAAAAAACUGUUGGAAGCUGCUUACAAACACUUUGAAGGUGUAGACAGUCACACGCUGCUUCAACAGCCCCUCGUUUAUUGCCAUUUUGCCCACGAUGGGGUGCAGCCAAGCUACAAGCCCGUGAAGGACUGGGAAGUGCUCAGGGCAAUACUCACAGAAAUGCUGGACAGCUACAACGAACUCUACGCCGCCAUGCAUCUGGUUCUGUUUGAGGACGCCAUGCAGCAUGUGUGCCGGAUCAGCCGCAUCUUGCGGGCCCCUCAGGGCUAUGCCCUGCUGAUUGGAGUGGGGGGCAGUGGCAAGCAGAGCCUGUCCAGGCUGGCAGCCUACAUCUGCAGCCUGGACGUCUUCCAGAUCACGGUGACUGAAAGCUACGGACCCCAAGAGCUUCGGGUAGAUCUUGCAAAUUUGUACAUCCAAACCGGAGCCAAGAACAUGCCCACCAUGUUCCUGCUGACAGAUGCCCAUGUUCUAGAUGAGAGCUUUCUCGUGCUGAUUAAUGACUUGCUGGCAUCAGGAGAAAUCCCGGAUCUGUUUGGCGAUGAAGACAUGGACAAGAUCGUUGCUGGGAUUCGUAAUGAAGUUCGCGGUCUGGGCAUGAUGGACUCCAGAGAAAACUGCUGGCAGUUCUUUCUAGCCAGAGUGCGACUACAGCUCAAACUGACACUCUGCUUCUCUCCAGUGGGUCACACACUGAGAGUCAGAGCCCGCAAGUUCCCGGCCAUCAUUAACUGCACGGCAAUUGACUGGUUCCACGCGUGGCCACAGGAAGCACUGGUCUCUGUCAGCAGGAAAUUCAUUGAGGAAACCAAUGGAAUUGAGCCACAGCAUAUAGACUCUGUCAGCCUUUUCAUGGCCCACGUCCACACCAGUGUCGAUGAAAUGAGUGCCAGGUACUACCAGAAUGAGCAAAGACACAACUAUACCACACCCAAGAGUUUUCUGGAACAAAUAUCACUUUUCAAGAACCUGUUGAAGAAGAAGCAGGAAGAGGUAGCCCAGAAGAAAGAGCACUUGGUCAAUGGCAUCCACAAACUACAAAGCACAGCAUCCCAGGUGGAAGAUCUGAAAGGCCGACUCGCGUCUCAGGAAGCUGAGCUGCAGCUGCGAAACCGCGACGCCGGGGCUCUGAUGGCCAAGAUCGGGCUGCAGACGGAGAAAGUGAGCCGAGAAAAGGCCAUGGCCGACGCCGAGGAGCAAAAGGUGGCGACCAUUCAGACAGAAGUGUCACAGAAGCAAAAAGAAUGUGAGGCUGACUUACUGAAGGCUGAGCCUGCCCUGGUGGCUGCCACAGCGGCACUCGACACGCUCAACAGGGUCAACCUCACCGAGCUGAAAGCUUUUCCCAAUCCCCCAAACGCAGUUACCAAUGUUACUGCAGCCGUGAUGGUCCUCCUGGCACCACAGGGCAGAGUGCCCAAAGACCGAAGCUGGAAGGCAGCUAAAAUCUUCAUGGGAAAGGUUGAUGAUUUCUUGCAAGCAUUAAUUAACUAUGACAAAGAGCACAUUCCAGAGAACUGUCUGAAGGUGGUCAAUGAACAGUAUUUGAAAGACCCGGAGUUCAAUCCAAACUUGAUUCGGACCAAAUCGUUUGCAGCAGCAGGCCUGUGUGCCUGGGUCAUCAACAUUGUUAAAUUCUAUGAGGUCUACUGUGACGUGGAGCCCAAACGCCAGGCCUUAGCCCAAACAAACUUAGAGUUGGCUGCAGCUACUGAAAAACUAGAGGCAAUCAGGAAAAAGCUGGUGGAUCUGGAUCGAAAUCUGAGCCGACUCACAGCCUGCUUUGAAAAGGCAAUCGCUGAGAAGGUGCGCAGUCAAGAAGAAGUGAACCAAACCAACGCAACCAUUGCCCUGGCCAACAAGCUCGUAAAGGAGCUGGAGUCUGAGAAGAGUCGCUGGAGCCAGUCUAUCGAGUCCUUUGACAUACAAGAGAAGACACUCUGUGGAGAUGUCCUCCUCACGGCUGCGUUUGUGUCUUACGUGGGAUCUUUCACGAGACCCUAUCGCCAGGAACUGGUGACCUGCAAGUGGGUCCCCUUUCUUCAUCACAAAGUUUCCAUCCCCAUAACCAAAGGCCUGGAUGUGAUCUCCAUGUUGACGGAUGAUGCUACAGUUGCCACCUGGAAUAACGAGGGACUGCCCAGCGACAGAAUGUCCACGGAGAACGCCGCCAUCCUCAUGCACUGCGAGCGCUGGCCCCUGAUGAUAGACCCGCAGCAGCAGGGGGUGAAGUGGAUCAAGAGGAAAUACGGAUCAGACCUGAAGGUCACACACUUGGGCCAGAAAGGAUUUCUGAGUGCCAUGGAAACUGCUUUGGCCUUUGGCAAUGUUGUCUUAAUCGAAAACCUUGAGGAAUGCAUAGAUCCUGUCCUGGAUCCAUUGCUCGGCAGGAACACGAUUAAAAAAGGAAAGUAUAUCAAGAUCGGGAAUAAAGAAUGUGAAUUCAACAGGAACUUUCGCCUCAUCCUUCACACGAAGCUGGCGAAUCCUCACUACAAGCCAGAAUUGCAAGCCCAGAUGACCCUCCUCAACUUCACUGUCACGGAAGACGGCCUCGAGGCCCAGCUACUGGCAGAGGUGGUCAGUAUGGAAAGGCCAGAUCUGGAGAAACUUAAGUUGACUUUGACCAAGCACCAGAACGACUUCAAGAUCGAGCUGAAGCGUCUGGAGGAUGACCUCCUGCUGCGUCUGUCUGCCGCUCAGGGCUGCUUUCUGGAUGACAGCCAGCUGGUCGAGAGCCUGGAGGCAACCAAGGCCACCGCUGCCGAAAUAGAGCGCCAGGUGGUUGAGGCCAAAGCAAACGAGAGGAAAAUCAAUGAGGCCCGGGAGUGCUACCGGCCAGUGGCAGCGAGAGCAUCCCUUCUGUAUUUUGUGAUGAAUGACCUCAGGAAAAUCAAUCCCAUCUACCAGUUCUCUUUGAAGGCUUUCAACGCGCUGUUCCACAGAGCCAUCGAGCAGGCGGAGAGGGUGGAGGACGCUCAGGGCCGCAUCUCUGUGCUGAUAGAUAGUAUCACCCACACCCUGUUCCUGUAUACCAGCCAGGCCCUCUUUGAGAAGGACAAGCUCACCUUCCUGUCCCAGAUGGCUUUUCAGAUUUUGUUGAGGAGGGAAGAGAUAAACCCCGUGGAGCUGGAUUUCCUGCUUCGGUUCACAGUGGAGCACACUUACCCGAGUCCCGUUGACUUCCUCAGCACGCAGUCCUGGAGUGCUGUGAAGGCAGUAGCGCUUCUGGAAGAAUUUCGAGGCCUAGACAGAGAUGUGGAAGGAUCUGCCAAGCAGUGGAGGAAGUGGGUGGAAUCCGAAUACCCGGAAAAAGAGAAGUUACCGCAAGAAUGGAAGAAGAAGAGUUUCAUACAGAAGCUGAUUAUUUUGAGAGCGACGCGUCCUGACAGAAUGACGUACGCUCUCAGAAAUUUUGUGGAAGAAAAACUGGGAGCGAAGUAUGUGGAGAGAAGCAGAUUGGACCUAGCGAAGACGUUUGAAGGAAGCACUCCAGCCACCCCAGUAUUCUUCAUCCUGUCUCCAGGAGUCGAUGCUCUUAAAGACCUCGAGGUGCUUGGCAAGAGACUGGGCUUUACCAUCGACUCGGGAAAAUUCCACAAUGUGUCUUUAGGACAGGGACAGGAGAGAGUGGCAGAAAUGGCACUGGAGAAAGCUGCCCAAGGCGGACACUGGGUCAUUCUCCAGAAUGUCCAUCUGGUCGCCAGCUGGCUGGGCACCUUGGAGAAGCUUCUCGAACGGCUGAGCCAAGGAAGCCACAGAGAUUACAGGGUUUUCCUGAGCGCCGAGUCGGCACUCACCCCCAGUGAGCACAUCAUCCCCGAGGGGCUGCUGGAGAACUCCAUCAAGAUCACCAACGAGCCGCCCACGGGGAUGCGGGCCAACCUCCACGCCGCCCUGUGCAACUUCGACCAGGAUACACUUGAGAUGUGCUCCAAGGACCAGGAAUUUAAGAGCAUCCUUUUUACACUCUGCUACUUCCAUGCCUGCGUGGCCGGGAGGCUGCGGUUCGGCCCCCAAGGCUGGAGUCGCAGGUAUCCUUUCAGUCCCGGAGACCUCACCAUCUGUGCCAAUGUGCUCUACAACUACUUAGAGGCCAACGCAAGCGUCCCAUGGGAAGACCUCCGCUAUCUCUUUGGUGAAAUUAUGUAUGGUGGCCACAUCACGGAUGACUGGGACCGGAGACUUUGCCGGGUGUACCUAGAAGAAUUCAUGAAUCCAGCUCUGACCGAAGGGGAGCUGAUGCUGGCCCCGGGAUUCGCUGCCCCACCCUACCUGGAUUACGCAGGCUACCACCAGUACGUGGAGGACACACUGCCUCCUGAGAGCCCGGCCCUGUACGGCCUCCACCCAAACGCUGAAAUCGAACUCCUGACAACGACAUCCAGCGCCCUCUUCAGGACCCUGCUGGAGAUGCAGCCCAGGAAUGCACUCCGUGGUGAGGAACUGGGGCAGUCUGCGGAAGAAAAGGUGAAGAAUGUCUUAGAUGACAUUUUGGAGAAACUUCCAGAAGAGUUUAACAUGGCAGAGAUCACCCAGAAGACCUCCAGCAGAAGCCCCUACGUGCUUGUUUGCUUCCAAGAAUGCGAGAGAAUGAAUUCUCUGAUUCGGGAAAUGCGCCUGUCGCUUCAGCAGUUAGACCUUGGUCUGAAGGGGGAGCUGACGUUACCUCCUGCCGGGGAAGCCCAGCUGUCUGCACUCAGUUACGACCUGGUGCCGGAUACCUGGAGCAAGCUGGCUUAUCCAUCCACGUACGGCUUGGCUCAGUGGUUCACCGAUCUCCUCCUUCGCUGCCGCGAACUCGACACCUGGACUCAGGACCUCACCCUUCCAGCCGUCGUGUGGCUUCCCGGCCUCUUCAACCCUCAGUCCUUCCUCACUGCCAUCAUGCAGACGAUGGCUCGGAAGAAUGAGUGGCCGCUGGACAAGAUGUGCUUGACCAUUGAUGUUACCAAGAAGACAAAGGACGACUUUGGCCAUCCGCCAAGGGAAGGCGCCUAUCUGCACGGGCUCCACAUGGAAGGAGCCCGGUGGGACACGCAGGCAGGGACCAUCGUGGGAGCCCGCCUCAAGGAGCUGACGUCCGCCAUGCCGGUCAUCUUUGCCAAGGCUGUGCCUGUGGACAGGCAAGAAACCAAGCACACCUACGAGUGCCCAGUGUACAGAACCAAAGUGAGGGGCCCCACCUACGUGUGCACCUUCAGGCUGAAGAGCCCUGGAAAGACAGCGCGGUGGGUGCUGGCCGGCGUGGCGCUGCUGCUGGAGGCCUAGGACGGCUGGGACUGGGGUGCACGACCCUCGGGGCAGCUCUCCCGUAGUGUUGACCGAGGCGUGUGCGUGGG